UACUCAUCGAAAAUAUAAACAGCCAGCCUUAUUUUAUAAGUAUAUGUCGUGUAAUUAAUACUCUUGUACGAGAAAGUUGUUCAGCUCAUACGCUGAAUUGAUUGGCUAAGUGCAGGUGUCUAUUGAUGUCUAUCCGGCACCAGAAACGGCUCACAACCCAUUUAUCCGGUUCUCAGCAUGUGAACAGUUGAAGGACGAGAACUACACUACCAUCAACGAGUCGCUAUAUAUUUCCCUGGGUUGCCUGUAAUGAUAUCUCUCUCCCACAAAAUACAAUAUCGCAGUAAACAAGCCAACAUACGGACUCAUAUAACAAAAUGCGGCCCCUAGCAAAACCUAAAGACGUGAUAAAGGCCCUCACAGGGUCAUGGCUCUACCUAAACGUGACGACAUACUACGACAACGGCACGAUCGCGCACUCAGAAGAACCAACGCUCGGCAAGUUCCCCGUCGGCAUGCUGACAUACCAACCAACAUGGAUGUCCGCAACCUUCAUGUCCUCGCGUCCGGAAGACCGGCCGCCCGACCUAAACAUCAACAGCGCGGCGGCGCUCGCCGGCCCCGACGACGAGUGGGCGCUCAUCGGCAAGCACACGAUGGCGUACGCGGGCCCCUGGCGCGUGAGCCAGACGACGGAGGAUAAGGAGGUGGGCCAGAUCGCGCACGGGCCCAUCAGGGUCGCGUGGCUGCCGAGCUGGGUGGGGGGCACGCUGGUUAAGGAUUAUGAGAUUUAUGAUGCGGGGGGGACGCUGAGGUUUUUGUAUAGGACGUCGGAUGGGAAUCGUGGGGAUAUGUGGUUUCGGAGGUUGGGGGUGGAGGAUGAUGAUGAUGGUGAUGAUGAUGAUUAGGUGUGUAGGUACCUGGGUCACAACGACCCUAACAAGGUUCGUAAAGGGGCCUUGGAAUAGUAGUAAAGAUAGUGACUUACCAUUGAAACCUCCAGACCUACAA